ACUGCAACAUGGGCUGGCGCCUAGUGACCACUGUCAGCAACUGGAUCCCAUGCUUGUGCAGUGGUGCUCCGUGUCUGGUGUGCUCAUGUUGUCCAACUGGAAGAACUUCCAUAGUAACGCGAUUGGUGUACACAACUAUUUUAUUGAUUGGUACAACAGUUGCUGGUAUUAUGCUUAUACCUGGAGUAGAAGAUCAACUGAGGAAGAUUCCAGGAUUCUGCGAGGCUGGAUACAAUGCACAGUUCCCUGAGGUUAACCCGGCGAUCUGCAGAGUCUUAGUGGGUUACAAGUCUGUGUACCGUGUCUGCUUUGGAAUGGCCACUUUCUUCCUGCUGUUAGCCUUGCUUCUGAUCAAUGUGAGAAAUAGCAAGGAUCCCAGGGCUCUAGUACACAACGGCUUCUGGUUAUUCAAGUUUGGAGCACUUGUAGCAAUAAUGGUUGGUGCAUUUUAUAUUCCUGAGGGAUAUUUCAGCCGAGUGUCGUUUGGAAUUGGUUCAGCUGGUGCUUUUUGUUUUAUUCUGACUGAAUUGGUGCUGCUGGUUGACUUUGGUAAUUCCUGGAAUGAAUCCUGGCUAAAAAAAUCAGAAGAAGGUGGAUCACGGUGUUGGUACUUUGCACUUCUAUCAGUUACAUGUCUGAAUUAUGUGUUGUCAUUAACAACUGCAAUCCUGUGCUAUGUGUUUUACACCACAGUUGAUGGCUGUAUUGAAAAUAAAUUUGUUACUAGCUUCAACAUGCUUAUUUGUGUUGUAGCUUCUUUAAUAUCAGUUCAUCCAAAGAUCCAGGAAUUUCAGCUUUGUACUGGCCUCCAAUCCUCCAUAAUUACUCUGUAUAUUAUGUACCUCACCUGGUCAGCAAUGACAAAUGAGCCAGAUGACACGUGUAAUCCUCGUACAAUGAGCUUUUUUGAGCGGACAUUUCCCAGCCCUGAUUUGAACAACACCCUGAACACAAUCAAUGAUUCAGAUGCAGGGUUGAACUGGGAUAGCCAAUGCAUCGUUGGCAUGGCAUUGUUCAUUAUUUGCAUCUUAUAUUUGAGCAUUAGGAAAUCCAGCUGCACACAGAGGCUUAGUCAUUCCAUCAAUAAUCCAGACACUGGAUCUUUGGAAAGCGUAUCAAUACAGGAAGGUUGUGAAGAGGUGCAUCGCUUUCAGGAUAAUGAAAAAGAAGGUGUUCAUUACAGCUAUUCUUUUUUCCACUUUAUACUUUUUCUGGCUUCCAUGUACGUUAUGAUGACACUAACUAACUGGCACAGCCACAGCCCUGAUUUUAAGAGCAUAUCAAGCAGUUGGAUUGCUGUAUGGAUGAAAAUUGCCUCCAGCUGGGUCUGCAGCUCCCUUUACAUCUGGAUACUGGUGGCUCCUCUUGUUCUUGCAAAACAAGAUGAUUUUGAAGAACACAUGAGCUAA